AUGUCGUUCGCCGGCGUAUCCGUCAUUGCUGGCAGUGGCGGCAGGCUGCCGCGGCUGUCGGCGGAAUCGGACAUGAUCUACUCCGGCUCCAGCGCAGCCAGCAGAGGCAGCUGCUACUAUCACCUGCUUGUGGUGGAAGGUUACUCCCGCAUCAAAGACCUGCCCAAUGGAGGGACAAUCAUGGGUCGCACAUUCAAAGCUGGAGGCUAUCAAUGGGUUCUGAGGUUCCAUCCCAAUGGUUAUGCCCCGGAGGAUGUCGGUUCCAUCUCGGUUUAUCUUGUGCUUGACCAGGAUGUUGCACGGCCCGUGAAGGUGCAUCUCCAGUUUAGUUUGGUUGAUGAGGUUAGCAAGCAAGAUCAAGCAUUCAUCCGUGCAAUCAAAGCGUGCGACUUCUCUGGCAGUGGCUCUACUUGGGGCCGCAGUUGUUUCAUAAAAGGAGAGGACCUUGAGAAGUCAGAUCAUCUCAAGGAUGAUUGUUUCACCAUCCGGUGUGAUUUCAUCAUCGCCGAAGCUGCUGCUGCUGCUCCCUUGGUAAAGGUGCCGUCAUCUAACAUAAGCGAGCAUCUGAGCCAUCUCUUAGUGACGGAGGUGGGCGCCGAUGUGACGUUCGAGGUCGGCCAUGAGAUGUUCGCCGCCCACCGGUGUGUGCUCGCGUCCCGUUCCGCCGUAUUCAUGGCACAGCUCUUUGGCCCCAUGAAGGAGGGGACCACGGCGGCCGCCAUACAAAUACAAGACAUGGAACCGGACAUCUUCAAGGCACUGCUUGGUUUCAUCUACACUGACUUGAUGCCAGAGAUGGAGGCGGAAAGAGAAGCAGAAGUAGAAGAAGGUGGAGCUGAUGAGGUUACGUGGCUGCGCCACUUGCUUGCCGCGGCGGAUAGGUUUGAUCUCCAGAGGCUCAAGUCGAUGUGUGAAGAGAGGUUGUUGGAGCACAUAGAUUUGAGCUCGGUGUCGGCCAUCCUUGCUGUGGCAGCGCAGCUCCAAUGCUGUGGACUUAAGGAGGCGUGCCUGGAGUUCCUCAAGGUUCAGUCAGCUGCAGACUUGGGACAAGUAAUGGCGACCAGUGACUGGGAGCACAUAGGUGCAACCGAUCACUCCGUUCUGAACCAGCUCAUUGCCAAGCUUGCUUCCAAAGUUUAG